UGGGGCGGGCCGGGAAAGCUGGAGCCGGAGGGCCGUCUCCGAAAGGAACAGGAAGGAAGAUGGCGUUGCGAGAAGUGGCUGGUUUUCUUCUGCUGGGCCUGGUGGCCGCGCAGACGGGGCAGGUCCCUUUGCUGGCGUGGUCUAGCCACAGAUCUUUGUGGUCCCCUUCAGCCAUUCCACAUGAGGGGCAUGUGAUUACAGAAGCUCAACUUGCAGCUUUGUUGGAUUUGGCAUUAGACAGUGGGCCCCGCAAUGUGCUGCUCUUCCUUCAGGAGAAACUCAGUGUUGAAGAUUUCACAGCCUAUGGAGGGGUUUUUGGAAACAAGCCAGAUAGCGCCUUCCCCAACCUGGAGAAUGCCCUACAUGCAGCUCCCUCCUCAUUAGUGCUGCCUUCCGUGGAUUGGUUUGCAGCCAGUGCGGUCCCUGCCUUUUUGAAGGCCAAGCUGGGCAUCUCGCCUCUUCACGUGGAUCAGAACACCUUGCAGGAGCUGCGGCUCAAUGCCAGCCUACCUGCUCUGCUGUUGAUACGGCUGCCGUAUACCACUGGCUCUAGCUUGAUGGCCCCGAAAGAAGUUCUAACCAGCAAUGAUGAAAUCCUGGGACAAGUCUUGAGUGCCCUUCAGUCAGAGGACAUUCCCUAUACAGCCAUCCUGACUGCUUUACGGCCUUCGCGGGUUGUCCGGGAUGUGUCUGAUUUGGCCCCUGCGAGACUAGGCAGGCAGCUGCUCCAAAAGGAGACUGUGGUGGCGCCGCUCCGUUUCCCUAAAACCGGAAACCCGCUGAUACUCUUCUGGGCCAGCAAUUUUUCGGUGGCAAUCAAUGACACGUGGCAUGACCUUACAAACCUCACAUUUGGGGCCAGUGCCUCCGUCACUGUAGAGAACUCCAGCUGGAAUACCAAUGCUUCUGAGUUGGUACUUCAAUAUUCCAAUGUAGGUGGGCAGCCCUUGACAGUCAGGUUCCGCAUGACAAACCUUCGCUACCCAGUUUCAGCACGGCACUGGUUUACCCUCCGGACUGUGGAGUUCAUCAGGUCUCGAAACCCACCAGCAAUCUUCAAUGCUACCCAGGUCACGGCCCCCAGUAACUAUUCUUUCAGUUGUGCCCAUGUCAGCAGUCACCCAGCUUCAGGGGCCAUCUUGCUACCCAACAGCAAUGCCAACCACUGGAAGGUGCAGAUGUUGAAUUUUCAGAUCCAGAGCUUCAACGUGACGGGUGAAAGAUUCUCCUAUGCCAGUGACUGUGCGGGCUUCUUCUCUCCUGGAAUCUGGAUGGGUUUGCUGACCUCCCUGCUUCUCGUGGCCAUUUUCACCUACGGCCUCCACAUGGUCAUGUGCCUCAAGACUAUGGAUCGCUUUGAUGAUCCCAAGGGGCCUACCAUCUCUGUGCCCCAGACAGAGUAACUCGUUGUCCUGGAAGCCUUACAGUGCUGGGCUUGUUCUGUCCAUUCCAUCUGUAGUGACAUCUUCACCACUCCCAACCCCAGUACAAAGCAUUAAAUCCAGUUUGGUCCCAGUCUUUUCCCUUUCUGUUUUCCAAUUCCACCUCCCUACUAAUACUCCUUGAUCUUCUUUCCCUUUUGAUCAUUUCUAGCUGUUCUAGCCUAAACUUCCUUUACAGUGGGAUAGGUUGUAAAUACAAUUGAGGUGUAAUUUUCCUACUGGCCAGAGAUGCAGAUCCUGUGCAUGUUGCAAUGUUGAGGGCAGAUCUCUUCAGGGAUGUUGCCAUCCUUCAGUUUCCACUGAAAAUUGUUCCCUUUAAUGUGCUGUACAUUCUCUACCAGUUUGCUCUGUGUCCGUUCUUCUCUUACCCUCUCACCUGAAACUGUUUUUGCAGGCUUUCUGCUGUAUCCUAGGUGGUCCUUCUCUCCCCACAUCAUUAUUAUUUAUUUAUGUGAUACCUGUGAAUAGUUCUGUUUACAGUGACUCAGUAUUUUGGACUUUGCUGCUUCUGAUGAGGGGUGGGCAAGGUUCCUUUCCUAUAACUACUGUUCCAUCAACUUGAAAAAGAAUGAAUAAAAUUGAAUUACUGAGAUCUGUGAUGUAGUUGUGAGAGUGGGAGAGGAAGUCUUGGGAACUUGUUCUUUUGUAGGACAGAUGUGUGACCUCUUUUUGUUGAAUCUCCAAGCAGUAGUUACCACUCAGUUGCAGAAAUGCUCUUGUUUAGGCAUGCUGGAGUAACAAAAAUCCCAUAAAUUCUGAUGGUGUAUUGCCCCAAGUAGAGAAAUCAUAAUAGGCAAUGUUUGUUGCAUGCCGGGUUUUGUGGUUUAGCUUGCAGCGUAUGUCUAUGAUGAUUUUUUAACUUAAGGCAGUUCCCCUCUGAAAGUUAUGCUGUUUGUGUAGUUAUGCCAAAGGGUUUUGGCCACUGUAUAAUAUUCCUCUUUAAUUCCUCUUCCCAAGUGUCUUGCAAGUUUUGGUCAUAAUCUUUAUUAGCAUUACUGGGUGAAUAGUCUGGCAUACUGGUAUUUUGGGAAAUGUAUUAAAGUACUAUUGUAAUAGUAAUAACUGUAA